AUGCUAACUUUCAGACAAAGCGUGAUACUUCUAGUCAGUAUCAUAACGAUACUGGCUAUUAUUGCCAUAAUCACUGGCCUUUCUCCGCUCUAUUGGCCGCAUCCAACAAAUUUAUUUAACGAAAAGAAUGCAUCAUUAUCAUUCGUUGAAAUGAAGAACAAUUCAUCGGCUAUGAAAACACCGUUAACUACACGUCCAAAAUUAGUUUCAAAGAAUUUAGGUGAAUUAACACCUGAUACAGUUACCACUGGAUUACCCACAACGACAAAUAUAGUUUUAGCAAACUCUACUAUUAUUUAG